AAAGAGAUGCUACCCAGGAGAGCUACGCCUCGCUGUAGGUGGCACCUGCAAAGGAGAUACCCCCAGAUUCCCAUUACACCACAGUGGGAAUUGAGGACACAGCUCCAACAAGCUCCUUCAACAACAACCUUGUUGCACCCUGUGUCCCUAUGGCCGCGCCUGCUCCCCAUCCAACUGGGCCAUCUCAGCGGCAGGUCAGCCCCAGCUGCACGGCCCAGCAGCUGCAAUGGGAGAGGAGGAAAAAGGCCCAUCCUGACCACGCCAUAGGGCACCAUCACAACCGACAGCACCAUUCCUGUCAGCAUAUCCCAGCCAUCCCCAUGGCUGGUGGAACUCGGAACCCGUAUCCAGGCACCCUGGUGACCCACAAACACUCUUCCUGUGGCUGCUUCCCCUCCCCACCUGGCGCAGAGGUGGCAGCACGAGGGCUCUGUGUGCCAUGGAGCAGGUGGGCAUGGAGGAGCAGGCGGUCAGCGCCGGCACAACCGGGCAGGGCUCGGGGAAGGAUGCGGCCAGCACGGCGAAGGAGGCAGCCCCUGCACCGGGCAGCGCGGGUUGUGCACUGCACUGGGCCCCACUCAUCUGCUCUGCGGUCGGCCUCAACCAGGAUACCUUCAAAAUUUGCAAGGAGUACUUGAGGCCCUUCAAGAGGUCACUCAGGAAGCUGCAUUUGCCCCAGCACCUCUCCAGGAAGAAGAAAGUGAAGUACAUGAAGGAAAGCGUGACCAUAAUUGGGGACCGCAUCGACUUGUUCCUCCAGCAGCACUGCAGAGCCUCGGAGGUCCGGCACUGGAAGAAGAUGCUGUGGAGGUUCACCUCCCUCUUCUCAGACAAGGAUGAAAAGCAGCUGCAGAAGCUGUAUAAGUACAUCAAGAGAAACCAGAUGCAAAAGUUCCAGCUGUUAUACUGCCCUGUAGAAGAGGAAGAUUCAGAUCCUGGAAGAAAGCUGAAGGAAACCACUGGGAGAGGCUGGGGAUGCGGUGGAGGUAGCAGCCAUGCUGACACCUGAACUCUGCCACCACCCAGCAGCGAGUCCGACUGCCAGACAAUCAGGUUCUCAGACUGCUUCAGACACCAGCAGAAAGAAAACUUAACAGUGGAUUUUCACCCAGCACGUAGAGCAGGAAGCACGGACUGGAGACUGCCUGCAUGCUUUGCUGAAACUGCAGAAUACUGCGAUACUCGCAGCGCCAUAGCAACAAGCUUUAAUCCAAGCAAAAUGAAAAUGCUGUUUAAAACUA